AUGUUUUCAUUCGGCCUCAUAAAAAAAAAAAAGGAGGAGGACCAAUCCGUCGAGGAAAAACCAGAUGAGGAGAACAAUGACAACAAAGGACCAACCGACGAUGAUAAAGCUAAGGAAGAAGUGGACAAUGAGGAAAAAUCGGUAGAUAGUAAAGCAAAAAAUAAGAGGACAAGAAGAACUGUUAGGAAAACGAAGAAGGGACAGAAGGAAGAGGAGGAAGAGAAGGAAGAAGAGGAAGAGAAAGAAGAAAAGAAGGAAGAGGAAGAUAAGAAAGGCAAAAAGGGUAAGAAAGAGCCGAAGAGUAAAAAGGGCGGCGCCAGGAAGGGCAAAAAGGCGGCCGCAGAUGAGAAGGAAGAAAACGACAAGAAGGACGAAGCGAAUGAGGCAGAUGAAACACACGGGACCAACGACGAAGCGGACAAGGACGAAGAAAACCAGGAACUGAAGAAGGAAUUAGAGGUUGAAGAAGAGUUAAAGGAUAAGGAUGCCAAAGCAAGCGCACUAACUCUGGAAAUCUUGGGAGAUAUCCCAGAUGCUGAUUUAAAGCCCCCAGAAAAUGUUCUAUUCGUUUGUAAGCUCAAUCCCGUAACGGAAGAAGAAGAUUUAAAAACUAUUUUCUCCAGAUUCGGACCGAUAAUAUCGUGUAAUAUUGUAAAAGAUAAGGUAACGAACAACUCGCUCCAGUACGCCUUUAUUGAAUUUGAAAAAAAAGAAGACUGCCUAAAUGCCUACUUCGAAAUGGAUAACGUCAUCAUUGACGACCGAAGAAUACACGUGGAUUUCUGCCAAUCUUUAGCGAAAUAUAAGGGAGAAAUAAAAAACUGGAAAAUCGAAAAUGAAGCUGUCCUGGACAAUAUUAAAAAGAGGAAAUUGGACCAAGAGGACACCAAAAGGAAGAGGAGGGGGAAAGGAGCUGCCAAUGGAGCUGCCGAUGAAACUGCUGACGGAACGGCCGACGAAGAACCGAACGACCAGGAAGAAGAUAGCAUUCGGGUCUUCAAAUACGAAAGUGAUAACAACACAAAGGAAUAUGAAAAUUAUUCCAAUAAGGAGGAAAAAACAGAUGACCCGAAAGACAGCACGAACAACAAUGCUGCGGGGAGCGCCAAGUACGACAACACUAACGGAAAAAAGUACAACCCCUCUAAGUACUACAAAGACACUCAUAAUAACUAUUCCAGCCAACACCCCUUCAGAAGGUAUUCGUACAAAUACAGAUAUAAUAAUAGUUACAAUGCCCCCUACGGGAAGAGCCUCUUCCCUCGAAACAAUUAUAACAGCAGUUACUAUGAUAAGUAUAGCUCCUAUGGUAGAGUAAGAAAGAACAGCAUGUUCAACAAACGGAAUUAUUCUCCCAAAGGUGCUGUGGGCCACCGAAAUGACGACUUCACCAGUCGGUACAAAAGACAACAUAGUCACUCCUCGGACAUUUUGCGUAAAAAGAGACUAGAUAAGAGAGAUUCUCGAAAAAGUGAAAAUAGAAAAUAUGUAAGUAAAUCGAUGGAAAAAUUUCCCAAAGGAGGCCAACAUGAUGAGUAUAACUACCCAAGGCAUCGUCAUGGGCAAGGAGGAUACUCAAAUUAUAACAAUGCAUAUGACCCUCUGCUAAGAAGCGGGGGGAAAAUGAACGAUAGAGGUGCCCCUACAUCGGGACAUGGUGAACAUAGCCAUUAUAACAAGUACGAUAACGAAAGGGGAGCUGCCUAUGAUGAACGGCAUUCCAGUUAUAAUUACAAAAUGCAGGGAAAAACGAACAGAUUACCGUCCUAUUCUGUGCGGCCAAACCAUAAGGAAGAAAACAAGGGAUACUUCAAACGUGAUGGAUAUAACAAUGAUUAUUACUAUGAUAAAAAACGAAAAUACGGACAGUACGAUGGGGCACCUGGUGAUUACGAAAAACGAGGAAACGACAAUUACGCGUAUAAUAAUGGCUACUAUAACGGCUCCUACAAUAAAAGGCCUAAAGGGUAUCCAGGCGGCGAGGACCAUGAGAGGUAUAAGAACGACUACCCAAAAGAUUUCGACAGGCAUGACAAAAUUUUCAACCCGGAGUAUGAGCGAAAGGAUUUUUACGACCAGGAUAAGAAGUAUUACGAUGCGGACAAAAAAUGGACUAAUUACAAGACUGAUGAUUACCGAAAGUACGACAGAAGCGCCUCUUACGAUUACAAGGGAGACAAGAAAAAAUAUGGCGUUAAAAACGAGGAUUACUAUAACAAGACAAAUUAUACCAAGUACGCAACGAACGAGCGGGAUGAUAGUAAGUGGUAUAAUAAGGACAGCAAAGCUUAUGGCGUGAGCUACAAGGACGAAAAGAGCUAUGCUAAGUAUAAGGAUAAAAUGUACGAUCAUGAGAAUGACGAGGAUGCCCAGAAGAGCUCCAGAUAUUACAGCAAGAAGGAGGACAAAAAGUGGUACGAUAAGCAGGACGACAAACGGGAUGAUAAAAACUACUACAAAGACAUCAAAUUGAGACAAAAAGAUGAUUACAAAUAUGGUGACCACGACAAAGGAAAACGUGACAGAUCGUAUGAUCGAAAAAACAAAGGGGACGAUAGCAGAGAUCUCCCGAAUGACAAAAGAAGUUACAACUACAAAAGUAAGAAGGGGAAAUAUGCGGACGGAAAAGAAGAUGAUCCUCAUAACACCUUUCCCAAUACAAACCAAGACAAAAAAAAUAAGGGCAACAAAAAACGAAGAUCGAAAUCGUUCUCCGACGUAAAUAAUAACAGUUCUGCUAAAUAUGCGUCCAAGAGCAAGAAGCAAAAGAAGGAAAAAUUUUCGUCAAAGGAUAAAAAAAAGGACAAGAAGAAGAAAAAUUAUGCAGAUGGUGACUACGAAAAACAUAUUGACUCCGUUAUCAACGCGAAAAUUUCCUAUUAA